AUGAUUAAGUUUUACGAUUUUUUUAGUUUUGAAUAUUUACAUUGCCAAAAUAAUUUAAAAAAGAAAAUGUCUCGACAAAUUAUCAAUGUCAAGGGUGCUGAUGGUAUUAUUGUUGGAAUUUCUCUUUCUCAAACAGGUGUACUGACACGUUCAGCUUUGGAAACUGCUUUUGCUAAUUCACUCUGUUUAAAAUAUAAGAAUGAAAUUUUUGGUUUUGAUCAAACUACAGAACAAUCAUAUAUUAUUGUCAAUUUUGAUGAAAAUGUAAAGGCUUUUAUAGAACCAGCUGGAGGUUGGAUGGGGAAAACUUACGAGGUUGUCUAUCGUGCUAAAGGUUAUUCAAUUUUUAAUGUUUUGCAUUAUCCUUCAAAAAUUAAUUUGCUGUUUCCAUUCCUGGCCUCUCUAGGUUUUGAAACGUACAUAACAGUCUAG